AUGGCCCGCUUUGCUCUUACAGCCCUCGCUUUCCUCCUCUUGGAGGUACUGGCAGUCAAUGCCGGUGACGAUAACAACGACAACAGCCCCUACUACGGUGGUGACGACAACUACCCCGUCUACGGAGGUGACGACGGUGACUGUGACAAUAACCCCUACAACUUCACCUUUCUCGCCGACUCCGGUGUCUUUGGUCCUCCUCUCGAGGUCGUCCACGCCUACUUUGGUGAGUGGCCCAACGGCGUGAGCGUGUCGAGCACCGGCCGUAUCUUCUCCAACUUCCCCGCCAUCGUGCUGGGCAACGUCAACAACGGCACGCCCGGGGUCUUUGCAGUUGCCGAACUCACCUCUCCCUCCACCGAAGAGGCCUAUCCCUCUGAGGACAUCAACACCCCUCCCUGCCCCGGCGGUGCCGUGAAUCUGACGGACCCCGAAAAUCCCGUCGGAUGCGGAAGUCCGGACCACUUCAUUUCCGUGCAGAGCGUCCAGGUGGAUACUGAAGACCGGCUAUGGAUUCUUGACACGGGAAGGCCGAUCUACACCUUGCCCGACGGCUCUGUGAUUCUCGUAAACUCCAGCUACGGCGGGCCCAAGCUCGUCGGCGUCGAUCUUUCCACCGACCUUGUGUUCCAAACCAUCCUCUUCCCUGAAGACGUCGUCUUUCCUGAUACGUCCUACAUCGACGAUUUCCGCAUUGACCUGAACGCCAGCCUGUCCAACACCACCGGCGAGGGCGUCGCUUACAUCACGGACACUUCCUUGUGGGGGGAUAACGCCAUCAUCGUCGUCGACCUCGGCACCGGCGACUCCUGGCGGCGAUUGGAAGGAGACCCGUCCGUCGUGGCCGAACCCAACUUCCUCCCUUUUAUCUGGGGUCAACCUCUCUACUUCACUGAGGACCCCGCCAACCCGCCGGAUGGCAACCUGACGACCACGACGCCCGCUUACCUCCCUGCGGGCGUGAACGGUCUCACUCUCUCUGCCGAUGGCGAAACGCUCUUCUACGCCGACCUCGCGGGCAGGGACCUCUACUCGGUGCCUACCGCCCUGCUGCGCGAGCGCGACGAUGCCGUCGAAGCGGAACUAGCUGCUGCGGUAGUGAACUAUGGCAAUACGGGAUUCAGCGACGGGAUGGAGACCGAUCCCGAGACCGGAUUCAUCUACAAGGGAAGUAUCGAAGCAAAUGCCGUGGUGGCGUUUGAUGCUGAUACGGGCAUGACGCAGACGGUGGUGCGGGACCCGCGGCUGGGGUGGGUGGAUUCGCUCAGUGUGGCGGAGCUGGAAGAUGAGGAGACGGGAGAGACGCAGAGCUGGUUGUAUAUCUCGAGUGAUCAGUUUGAUCGGUCUUGGUGGUUCUGGGCGCCCGGAGCGCACUCGGGGGAUAUCCAGGAGAGGCCGUUUGGGUUGUUUAGGGUGCCGUUGCCGUUGCCUGACCCUGAUUGCGAAUUUGCGGGUGCCUCUAACUACUAA